AUGAGCAAUAUUCGCAGCAUUUAGAAUUAAAAACGACAUCUCUUUAUUGAUUUAUCAGAGGAAAGUUACGGUUUGCUUAUGAAAAAUCAGCUUUAAAAAUCACUAGAAAAAAUACUUGAAGCAGAGAAUUAGCUGUACAAAAAAAUAAGCAAAGGAUAAAUGAAGAAAUUUAGCACUGAAAUAUCUAACAUGUACUAUAUAAAAGGUUUGAUUUUAGACAGGAUGAAAGAUUUACCAAAGAGCCUGCUGGCAUACUAGCGUGCAUUUGAGGAAAAUAAGAAAAAUAAAAGCAUAUGCAAUAAUAUUGGAAAGGUUUAUUUACAAUUAUUGAAUUAUGAAGAGGCAGAAAAGUAUUUACUGUGGGCUUUACAACUUGACGACAAGUUGCUUUAGGCAUAUGUUAACUUGGCAUAUUUGUAUUUUGAAAUAACUGAUUUCGAUAAAUGUUUGAUGAUUUGCAAUGAAGCUUUGUCAAGAAACAUUUAAGACUUUAUGCUUUUUGAAUAUUUAGGUAUAUGCAAUGUAAUACACAGAAAAAAUUAUUCAGAAUCACUGGUGAACUUUUAUCAGUACAUGAGUAUUUGCAACAAGAAUAAAUUCAAGCCGAGCUAUUUAUCACUCUAUUACAUGUCUUAUGCUUUACUCCUCGAAUCUAAAUACGAUGAAUCGCUCAAAUAUAUUGAAAGUGCUAUUUAUUUUUACCCUUAAGAAGGCGAGGCCUACUUCCUUCGUGCUUAAGUUUUUUACAAUUUAUAAAAGUUAGAAUAAGCCGAGUAAGAUAUCACAAAGUACGCACAGAUAAAAAAUAUUUAAUUGAUUUGUGUCGACUCUUAGAUAAAUAGUCAUUUGUCAGGCAUAGACGAUACUUAAUUUGAGAAUAUUGAUUAAAAAGCUGAUCAAAUAAAAGAAUUAAUAAAUAAAGAAGAGAAUAGCAAUAGCUCUCCUAAUAAUAUCAACUAAAAUAUAAAUUCAGAUUAAAAAUAAAUAUCAUAUCAAAAUUAAACAUAAGAGUUUUUAAAGGAUGAAGAAACGAAAGAUAUGACAAAAAAGAAUUCUGAAAUGUAUGUCAACACCGAAUAGAACCAUUUGAUAUAGGAAGAAAAAUUGAACAUUUACUUUCAAAUGGGAUUGAUUUAUAUGCAAAAAGCAAAUUAAAUUUCAAGCACAAAGGAUUUUGAUAAGCUUUUUAAUAAACAAAAACUGUAACAAAAGGCAAUUCAAUAUUUUGAAGAAGCCAAUUCCAUUUAGUAUCAAUUCCCAAUCGUAUUCAACCUUGGUCUGCUUCUAGAGGAGAUAGGAUAAAACGAUGAUUCCUUUUAAGUGCUUUAGAAAUCAGUUAUCAAGCACUUUGAGAAUUCAAAUGAUGAAUUUUAUUUAAAUAGCGACAAUUAUCACAUUCUUAACUUAUUAUUUCUAAAUAUUUUCAAACUGAAUUACUUACAAAAAUAUUAGUAAAAUUUAAAUUAAAUAUUGAGCUACGACGAAACUGAGUAGUCAAAAGCUAAAUUGAGUAUUGACAGCAAAACAGCUACUGAUACUCAAGAUCUCCAAGCAAUUAACAGUAAAUAUUUCUCAGAUGUUAUUUACCCAAGAAGAAGGAAAAUUUCUAUUACUCAAGUCAAAAAUAUUAAAGAAAGUUUAUCUUGUCAAAUAAAUUAAAUUAAGAGAAAUAUAGCUCUAACAAAGUCUCAGCUUAUUGAAAUUGUUCUCCAUAAGCUAAAUCAAAUUAAUAAAUAAAAGCUUAUACUCAGUAACAAGUAAGAAUAAUAUAAGUAAACAAUUGUAGACCUUGAAUCUUUUAUUUCUCCACAGUUGUAAACACAAGGAUUUUCAAUAAUAAGCGAAGAAAAUAUCAGAACUAAUAUAAGGACUUCAUACCUUUAGUCUUGCGAUGAUUUGAACAAACUUGAAUAGCAAAGACAUAGCAAUUAAAGUGAUUUUUAGGAAGACAGCUAGGAUAUUUUAGAUUCUUCUCAAUCUCCGAAGAAUGCAAUAGCUUAAGAUACAAAUCUUCAAGAAAACAAAGAAAAUUAGAUGCCUAAUUAGCAAUUAAAAACAUAAAAUUCUAGAGAAAAUUCAGAAGCAAAUAGACAAGGAAAUGAAAAUUCGAUUGAUAUGCGCUUUAGGAAAAUGAGUAGCAAAGGUUGCAGUUGCAGUUAUAGCACAGAAAACAGCACAGAUAAAAGCAAUUGCAAAUUAUGUUGUGAUAAUCAUUAAACUGAAUAAAAAUAGUAAGGCGUUAAUUAAAAUAAGAAACUUAAAACACAAAACGAGGAGGAGGAAGAAGAAGAGGAAGAAAAAAGCUUUUUAUAAGACGAAGAAAAUGAAGAAUAUAAAUUGCAGAAGCAAAGAGAGCAAGAAAAGGAAAAGAUUAUCAAGUAUGCGAAAAUAAUAUUUGAAAAGUAAAAGUAAGAGUAACAGGUAAGAAUUCAAAAAUUAAAACUUGAAGCAAACAAAAAGUAAGAAGAAGAAUACAAGCAAGAAAAAUAGAAGUUGUAUGAUUAAAUUAAAUUAAUACAAAGAGAAUACGAUGAUAUUAUUCAAUAGUUUAAGAGUCUUCUAAAUUAAUCUAAAAAUAAUUAAUAUUAAUUCUUCCCUCAAUGCAUAGCUUGCAACCCACUAUAUAGAAGAAGCGAUUUAUCUUCAAGAGACGAGUCAGAUUCUCAAAAAACACAAGAAGAUAAUCCUAAAAGCAGCCAAUUAGAGUCUCACUAAAUUUAAGAAAAUUAACAAAACAAACAAAAAGAAUUGCCUUAAAUAAGUUCUUCUUAAUCUACAAACGGAGAAAUUUCUAGCCCAAAUGCAAUUAAUACUAAAUUAAAAUGUGAAUGUGAUAAAAUAAAAAACUAGAUUUUAAAUUACAAUUCCUUCUUAAAGAGCAAGAACUUUGAAAGAGACUUCUUCUUUGCUUUUAAAAGAGUAAUUAAAAACACCUUUUUGCAUUCUCGUUAUAUCAUAGACUCUCUAUACAGUAAGAGUAGCAUUACCAUUUCUUCACUUGCAGAGCUCUCACUAGGUUUUAUACCUUUAUUUUAGAGCGACUUACUUUUAUUGGAUAAAGAUAAUUCAUAGAUUUAAAUAGUAAGCAAUGAAAUUUUAGUUAAAAAGUGCUACGUAAUUCUCUCCCUCUCUGACUCAGUCGAGAAUCUUCACUAAAUCUUAGAUUCUCUGAGUGCUGCCCUCAGUGUUUAUCUAUCUGAAUACAUGUAAGAAUAUUAUCACAACACCUCUGAAAAUAUUUAUCCAGAUAACUGGGGAGACAAGAUGAAUUAAGUAUUGGAUCUUCUCAAAAAUAGUUACGAAAUUUCUUUUGAAUUGUUAGGAGAAUCAUAUGCCUAUUUCAUAUUCUAUCAAUUCUUUGCAAAAUUUAUUGAUAACGAAGAAGAAUUGAUAAAAUAUAAAGAGAAGCACAUGCAAGACAGGGCAUAGUUCUUAUUCAAUUUCAUUCUAAGCAACAUUAAAUUCUCCCCUAUAGAAUUCUUUAAAACAAAAAUGAACCCCCCAAAAUAAGUUCUAGCCCUUCCUAAUUUAGCUCCUAAUCCAACAAGAAUAAAAACAAAUAUAAGUUCCAAUACUGAUACCUGUAAUGUGAAUGAAUCCCAUAUAAAAUCUGUUUCUAACUAUGGUUAAUCUGAAGCCAUUCAAGAUAGCUCGAUUUUAAGAAGAAGCUCUAAAAAACAAAAGAAAAACUCAGUCUAAAGAUAAGAAAAAUGCUUAUGCAAUAUUUAUUGA